AUGGGCCUUGUUGUUUCUGAGGAUGCCCUCACCAAACUCCGAGCUCUCAUGGAUCAAGUCGAGGAGGAGCCACUGCUGAGAACUUUUCAGAAUGUUCAUCAAGGAUGUGUCACCGAAACCUUAAUGCGAUUUCUAAAAGCAAGGGAGUGGAAUGCUACCAAGGCACACAAAAUGCUAGUUGAUUGUUUAAAUUGGAGAGUGCAAAAUGAGAUUGACAACAUAUUAUCCAAACCAAUAAUCCCUGCUGAUUUAUACCGAGGCAUUCGUGAUUCGCAACUUAUAGGUUUGUCAGGGUACUCAAGAGAGGGUCUUCCUGUCUUUGCAAUUGGUGUUGGGCUUAGCACUUUUGACAAAGCAUCUGUCCAUUAUUAUGUGCAGUCUCAUAUUCAAAUUAAUGAAUAUCGUGAUCGUGUAAUCUUGCCUUCUGCAUCAAAGAAGCAUGGGAAGCCUAUUACCACAUGUGUGAAAGUUUUGGAUAUGACUGGUCUGAAGUUAUCAGCCCUGAAUCAGAUCAAGUUGUUAACAAUAAUAUCAUCCAUUGAUGAUCUGAACUACCCGGAGAAAACAAAUACUUAUUACAUUGUAAAUGCCCCAUACAUAUUUUCAGCUUGUUGGAAGGUUGUGAAGCCACUUCUACAAGAGAGGACAAGAAGAAAAGUGCAAGUCUUGCCAGGUUGUGGGCGAGAUGAACUGUUGAAGAUCAUGGAUUAUGCAUCGCUGCCACAUUUCUGUAGAAGAGAAGGCUCUGGGUCAUCCAGACAUUCAGAGAAUGAAAAUAGUUAUUCCUUAGAUCAUCCUUUCCAUCAGAAGCUCUACAAUCACAUAAAGGAGCAAUCCAGAAUUCAUGAAGCUGUUGAACCCAUCAAGCAGGGAUCAUUCCAUGUAGAUUUUCCUGAACCUCCUGCUGAGAAAGCUGAGAUUGUCAAGACUUUAGAGUCUGAGCUACACAAGUUUAAGAUCAGCAAUGGGAAUAGCGAUUGA